UCCAAAAAUUGUGCCAGCAUUCAUUUGCCUUUAAGUUGCCUUCAAAGCAAGCAGUAGUGUAUGGUCAUUCAUAAUGAAAUUUUCGAAAAAAUUGGAAGCACAUUUAACACCUGAAUGGCGCCAGCAAUAUGUUUCUUACAAGGACUUGAAGCAAAUGAUUCUAAAUGUCAGCGAGAACGGCCCGAUUCCACAAAUAGAUUCUCGCCGAGCCAUUAAUGUUUUUAACCAAGCUUUCGAAGAGGAAUUCUUUUCAGAAUGUAGAAAAGAACUUAAAAAGAUCAAUACGUUCUAUGCGGAAAAAUUGGCCGAGGCUACUAGGCGUAACAACGCCCUAUUCAUAUCCUUGACUGCCAUUGUAGAUGAAUUUUGUUUGAAAAAGAGCUCCCACUCACGUUAUAGCUGCAUCAAUGCCAAGGACAAGUUGUCGACAAGAUCGAAAAAGGCCACAUUGGAAGAAUUACGCAAUGCCUAUAGCGAGCUAUACUUGAGUUUGGUGCUGCUGCAAAACUAUAAAUUUUUAAAUCACACAGGAUUUCGGAAGAUUCUGAAGAAACAUGAUAAGCUUUUACACAAUGAUCUGGGAUCCAGGUGGUUUUCCGAAAAUGUUGACAUGGCUUAUUUCUUUAAAAAUCCUGAAGUGGAUAGGCUUAUAGAGGAGACGGAGUAUAAUGUCACGCAAUAUUUGGAAAAUGGCGAUCGAGCCCAAGCCAUGAAACGUUUAAGGGUUCCUCCCCUGGAGGAAGUCCAACAAGUAGGAACGGUGUUUAGAAUGGGAUUAUUGCUGGGAGCUUUUAUGGCGCUAUUCAUCCAAGUGGUUUUGACAGUUCCAGAUUUGGUUCGUCCCGCCACAGUCAAGGAUAAGUUUUACGGUGUGCUUUUGUUUCGCGGCCCCUUCUAUGUCAUACUGUAUUUGUUCUUUUUGGGCAUUAAUGUUUUGCAUUGGCGCCAAUAUGGAGUUAACCACGUCUUGAUAUUUGAAAUCAAUCCCCGAAAGCGCUUAACUUAUUCCCAUAUCUUGGAAUUGCAUGGCGGCUUUGGGGUUUUGUGGUGCCUCUGCGUUUUGGGUUUUAUUUAUGGUCCACAGUUGAAUAUCUCCCGUUAUUGGUUCCCUUUGAUUUUGCUGAUGGCAAUGAUGAUAUUUUUGUUUUGGCCGUUUAAUGUCUUUCACUUGAGCGGUAGAUUGUGGCUGCUUAAAUUGAUGGGCAGGGUGUUUGCUGCUCCAUUUUUCCCUGUGGGUUUUGCUGACUUCUGGUUUGGUGAUCAACUAUGUUCUCUUGCAUCAUGUUUGCUAGAUCUUAAAUAUAUGAUGUGCUUCUACACUUGCAAUCCCAAGUGGAGUGAUAACUUUGAAGCUUCUAAAUGCCUGGAAACUGAUUAUUUGGUAAAUGCCAUUGUACUUUGUCUACCAGCUUGGUUUAGAUUUGCCCAAUCAUUGAGGCGUUAUCGUGAUACCAAACAGGUGCAUCCCUUUUUGGUGAAUGCUGGAAAGUAUUUUACCACCUUCCCCAUGGUGUUGUUUGCAACAUUAAUGGCCUAUCAUAAAGCUGACUAUUCCCCUUUUUUCCAAAAUCCAUAUGUUUGGUGUUACUUUUUUGCUACUUGCAUACAAUCAUUGUAUUGCUAUAGUUGGGAUAUUUUACGAGAUUUUGGUUUAUUUGAAAAAUUCCAAGGAGAAAAUAUUUUUUUACGCAAUCAAAUUGUAUAUCCAGCUAAAUUUUACUAUUUUGUCAUUGUGGUGAAUUUGUUUCUGCGUUUCUUUUGGCUGCUUGCUAUGAUGGUAACUGCAAAUUGUGGAGUGAAUAAUUAUUUAGUGGAUACUGCAGCAGGAUGUUUGGAAAUUUUUAGACGCUUUCUAUGGAAUUACAUACGAUUAGAAAAUGAACAUCUCAACAAUGUAGGACAAUUUCGUGUUGUUCGUGAUCUCUUCAUUGCACCCAUAGAGGAUGGCAAAGAUCGAGCAGAUUUGAAAAGAAUGAUGGAUGAAGAUGAUGGAGUAACAAACCGCCGGUAUAUCCAUUUGAAAGAAAAUAAUAAUGGGAUUGAAUCCACUGAGGAUGACAAAGGUCCUGCUCAUUUAGAAAUGAUGAUGGAUGAGGAUGAUGGCGAAGAAAACUGCAAGAAUAACCAUUUUGAAGAUGAUGACAAGGAAGACUAAAAUGUUCCUAAUCUGAAUUAUGAUUUUUAUUGUUUUGUUUUAGUUGUAUCUUAAGAAAAUAUACUAAAAUAUUCACAAAUGAUGGAUAUUUUAUCUUUUA